AUGGGGAGGCUGCGACUGGGGGUCCUGCUCGCCUGGGUGUCCAUGGCUUGGGUGAGGGGGGCUGAGCUGCCCCAGGAGCCAUCCUCCUUUGCGGGGUUUCUGCAGUGCAAGAAGGCUCUGAACCUCCCAAGCCUAGAAGUCCUGCCAGGGGGGGGAUGGGAUAACCUCAGGAAUUUGGAUAUGGGUAGAGUCAUCAACCUGGGCUACUUGCUGUGCAGGACCACAGAAGAUGGAUCUUAUAUCAUCCCAGAUGAGGUCUUCACUAUCCCUCGCAAGCAGAGCAACCUGGACAUCAACUCCGAGAUCAUCGAGUCGUGGAAAGAUUAUCAAAGCAUCACUGCUGCCUCCAUCAACCUGGAGCUGUCCCUCUUCUCUUCCAUCAAUGGCAAGUUCUCCUACGACUUCCACCGGACCAAGACCCACCAAGUGAAAGACCACGCUGUCACCACCCGUGUGCAAGUCAGGAACCUAGUUUACACUGCCAAGCUUGACCCAGGGGCAGCCCUGGACACGGGGUUCAAGAAGCAGCUGAUGAUGAUUGCCAGCCACCUGGAGAACAACCAGACGCGGAUGGCUGAUUUUCUGGCUGAGGUGCUGGUGCUUAACUAUGGCACCCACACCAUCACCUCCGUGGAUGCUGGAGCCAGCUUGGUGCAGGAGGACCAGAUCAAGGCAACCUUCCUGAAGGACAGCGGGGCCACACGGAGCACUGUCACCGCCUCAGCCGGCAUGGCCUUCCACGGCAUCAUCAGUGUGAAAAACGAGGAGUCCCUGGACGUCAGCUUGGGCUUCACCAAGCAGUAUCUGGAGAACCGCACCAACUCCAGGGUAGAAAGCAUCGGUGGAACCCCCUUUUACCCAGGCAUCACCCUCAAGACCUGGCAGGAGGGAACCAGAAACCAGCUGGUGGCUCUUGACCGCUCAGGGCUGCCCCUGUACUUCUUCAUCAGCCCCAGCACCCUGCCAGAGCUGCCCACCCCCAUGGUGAAGAGGCUGGCCAGGCGAGUGGAGAUGGCUAUCCGCCGCUACUACACCUUCAACACCUACCCAGGUUGCACCGAUGCCACCUCACCCAACUUCAACUUCCACGCCAAUGCCGACGAUGGCUCCUGCGAGGGCGCCAUGACCAACUUCACCUUCGGAGGAGUCUUCCAGGAGUGCACUGGGCUGGCUGGCCCUGACACCAACACGCUGUGCCAGGGGCUGGAGCAGAAGAACCCCCUCACCGGGGCUUUCUCCUGCCCCACCACCUACACUCCAGUGCUGCUGGGCGUGCAGGAGCGGGACGAAGGCCACAGCCACCUGGAGUGCCACAAGAAGUGCAUCCUGGGCAUCUUCUGCCACCGUGAGUGCCACGACAUCUUCUGGCUCUCCCGAGUGCAGUUCAGUGCCUACUGGUGUGCUGCGAGCGGGCCAGUGGCCCCAGGCUCAGGGUUCCUCUUUGGGGGGCUGUUCAGUGCCCACAGCACCAACUCCAUCACUGGUGCCCAGUCCUGCCCCUCGGGGUACUUCCCACUGAAGCUCUUCGAUGAGCUCAGGGUCUGCGUCAGCCAGGAGGGGGGUGGCCGGUACGCGGUGCCCUUCGGGGGCUUCUUCAGCUGCCAGGCAGGAAACCCCUUGGCAGGGCAGCACCAGGGCACGGCCGAGGACCCUCAUGCCAAGAGUUGCCCCCCUGGCUUCAGCCAGCACUUGGCGCUCAUCAGCGAUAGCUGCCAGGUGGAGUACUGCGUCCAGGCUGGCGUCUUCACCGGGGGCUCACUGCCACCUGCCCGCCUGCCACCCUUCACCCGGGCCCCCACCAACCUGCCGAGCAUUGACACCGUGCUGGUGAGCAGCGGGGACGGGGACAGCACCUGGGUCAGGGAUGGGCAGA